AUGCAAGCCCAGUCCCUGGGGGCGCGGCGGCGAGGCCACACGCUGGGCCGCAGAGAGGAAUCUCCAUUUUGGCACAGCCUGCUGAAGCGGUGCCUACCCUGUCUUAACCUGCGAUGGACGCGCCCGCGCACAACGAGGCGCAUCCUCAUGGGCAUUCUGAUCUCUCUCAUUGCCACCCUCAUCUCCUUGAUUGGUCUUCUGGCGUACCUGGUGUGGAUGAGCAGCAACAGCAACACCCCAUUCGAACCUGCCCCGGCGAAGUCGACGCACGCGCCUGGGAUGUUGCCCGAGGUGGGUGUGCAGAGCCCCUUUACCGAAAACGCCGUCAACGACGCCGCUCUCCGGGAGCGGGAGGAGGCGAUGGUGCGGAAGUGGAGAGACAACGGCUUUCGCCCCACCUAUUGGGAGGUCGAGCGCCGCACCCUGCCGCGGCUCACGAAGAAGGCCUUGGAGUCCUGGUUUGAGCACGGAAGCCGUACGCCAGUGGAUGUCGCCGAGGAUGUGCUGACGGCGCAUGCCUGGGACGCUGUCGACAGCGACGACGCAGACGCCGAUUUCUUCGAUAGCCUCGCCUUUCUCUACCCACCAGCGCAGCAGAGACGGUACUACCGCGCGGCGAUGGACGCGAUUCUGCGCUACGGCCCUCGCAUCGGAGGCACGAAGCGCGACGCCCUUCUCCAUCACCUCGUUGACGAAGGACUCGGACGUCGACGGUUCGACGCAGCACAGCACGCCUACCAUCCAGCGCCGCCGCACCUCAGUCCCCGUGGACAGGAACUGCUGGAGAAGGCGGCCACCUCGUGGCCAGGUGCACCGCACCUCACCGCCGCGCCGCAAGAUGAGGCUGUGGGCCGUGAGCCUGGAUGGCGGUGGUCGCUGAGCUGGGACAACUUCACGGCCGAAAUUCCAAUACGCAUCGAAGGAAAGUCGCGCGUCGAGAUGCAAAACCUCGUCUUUCAGUUCCCCGGCGGGUCUCAAUUCCGACGCAAGCAGGCCGCAGCCGCAACUGGCUCGAAGGACCCAGUCGACGAGUUCGUCGGCGCCGUACCAAACCGCCGGCGCACCCGCGCUGACGAUCGCAAAGACGUACUCGAAGCUGAAUACCACCCAGCCGACAUGACCGGAGAAACCGUGUACUCGCAGGAGAACUUCCUGCGGCAAGCACAAGACGGCAUCCCGCUUUACCCCCGUCCUGCUUUGGAGCGCGGGGUGCCUGGCACACGGGUCGUUCUGUCCCCGGAUGCGAAGGGAGAGCGGGUGCCGCUGAAGCCGAGUCUGUCCGCGCGGGCCGCCGAACCGGCGACGCAGCAGCCCAUGAAGCACGUUGUCCUUGCCGCGCACUGGGAUUCAAAGUACUUCGCAGACUUCCCCUUCCUCGCUGCCUGUGACUCUGCCAUACCGGUAGUAUUUCUCCUGCGGAUCAUCAAGAACAUCGCUGUUUUGACCGAUGCGGCGGAGGCACUGACGGAGUCAUACAAGGCCCAGCGGACCAGUGCAGCGGGCGGCGACGCAGCCUCCGUGAUUCCCGGGCUCACGAGCACUUUCCGCAACUCCACAACGGUGACUGAAGUGCGAGAGCGCCUGGCGUCGCUUCUCUCACCAGCCCAUCAUGCACUCUUGUACCAGUACUUCUUCGCGCGCCCCUACAGCGUCGGUGACGAGCAACAAAACUUUGCUUCUGAGCAUAUGCAAAAACAUCCAACAAAGGCCCAAGUAGACGUACGCAUGUGGCUGGACUGGGUGCAGCACCUCCCCAUCAUCUCCGUCAUUCUCUUCGACGGCGAGGAGGCGUACAAACACUGGGCCAGGGACGACAACACGUAUGGGUCGCGGCACCUAGCACGGCAGUGGCGCAGCACCCCCUCCGUGAUGCGGACGCGUUACUCUGAUGGCCCGCAGUCCCUCUACGACUCCGUCGACCUCUUUGCCCUCUACGAUCUUAUGGGGCCGGCAGGGACGACGUUUAAGAAUACGUACCCGACGCAGAGCGGCAUCUUCUACGCGGGGCUGGCGCAGCGCGAGACGGAACUUCGCCGCCGAGCGAUGAGGUACAGCUCGGCCAUCUCCGCAGAACUCCUGUGGCGGUACCACGAGGCCAGCGCAUUGCCGCAGGCCGAGGCGCGUGUGAAGGCCGACUCCUUUCUCCGCCUCCUUGGCCCCUCGCCACAUGCGGCAGUCGCAGCCAUCAACGCUGCCUACAGGCGACGGCUGCUGGCCAACAACGAAUCGCGCCCGUCAGUGGUGUCGCUUCCGCGGUCGUGGCUAAUGUACGGUGCGCCGCACGAGAUGCUCACGCUGCACAGCGUCGCUCGCACCCUCCACGACGUCAGGUCCAUAGAGCACUUUGAGGAUCUGCGGGUAUACAACAGGCUGAGUCGGGAGGUUGCCGCCGAGAGUGACUUCAAUGCGGAAGAGUACUUGAACAUCGUCAACCACAACGUCUUCUUCUCCCCGUCUCACCAGGAAGACGUGCGCCGCAGCCGCGACACCUUCGUCGUUGAAGAUGACCACAAGCACUGGCUGGACACGCAGCGUGUUCUGCAUCUUAUUCCCGUCCCAUUCCCCAAGUCGUGGCACACGGAGAAGGACGACGGCAGCGACGUACACGAUGGAACGACGACGGAUUUGGCGGGGUUGUUGUGGUCUACGGUGCUGGAGCUCGGCGAUUACUGGACGCGUAAAGAAUGA